ACGCAUCCGGCACAGAACAACAGCUUGAAAUGGGUUCCGAAGAGGUAGAUAUUGAAAGAGAAAACGCAUCCGGCACAGAACAACAGCUUGAAAAUGGUUCCGAAGAGGUAGAUAGUGAAAGAGAAAACGAAUUUUGGACUGAGAAACAGCUUGAAAUGGGUUCCGAAGAGUUUGUUACUGAAGGAGAAACUGAUAUGAACAUGACUAUUCUUGUGACAACCUUGUAUGACUUUCAUGCAAUAUUAGAUGAUGAAAUAUCUUUCAGAGCCGGAGACGUUUUCAUUACUUUUAGGCGGAAUCUUAAUGACAACAAUAUAUGGAUUAAAGCAACACACCAGGGAUCAGGAGAGAUGGGGUUCAUACCGAGAAAUUAUGUUGUUACCGAUUUCAAAAAAUAUUACUUAAAAGAAUGGUGGCAUAAAUUCAACAGAAGAGAUACAAAAAAGCAGCUGUCGGCACCUCAUUUCGGACCAGGAGCGUUUAUCAUAAGAUCCGCACCCGAAAACAUGUCACUGGUUUUAUCCGUUAGAAAAGCAGAGAUGGGAGCAAAUACAGUUAAAACCCGGCAUUACAAAAUUAAAUGUACAAACGACGGGAAAUUUCGUCUUUCAAAAAAUCGCCUGUUUGCUGAUAUGACUGAUUUGAUUAAAUUCUGUCAAAAUCAUUCGAAUAAUGGUUUAUGUUGCAGACUAGGGAAACAGGUUCCAAAAACAAUUCCUGACGUGCCUUUCAGAGAUCUAGAAUCGCCAAACAAAUUGGUGACAGUCCGCCAAAUUGUGUGUCCAGGCAUUAGCACGGGUGAAUGGAAAAACCGAGAUGUUACAAUAAAAGAAUACAGCCAGUUGGAGAAUGAAAACUUCUUAACAGAGAUAGAUAUAUUGAAGCGAUUGAAACACCAUAAUAUUAUAAAUCUACUGGCCGUGUUCACAAAAGAGAAACCGUUCCUGAUGGUUUUUGACAUGAUAACAAUAGGUACUCUCCAUAGUUAUCUCAGACAAGAUAUGGGAAAGACCAUAACACAUGAUCAACUUCUCGAUAUGGCAAUUCAGAUUGCAAAAGGUAUGGAUUAUCUGUGCAAAGAACAAAUUGUCCAUAGAGAUCUUAGGACAGAAAAAAUACUUGUCGGGCAUGGAAAUCAACUCAAAAUUGCCGGACUUGAAAUGGCAAAAAGGGUUCAGAAUGAUGGUUAUGUUUCACUAGACCCCAUGGACAAGAUUGCAAUUAAGUGGACUGCACCGGAAGUGUUUAAUGAAGAUAAAUUCACAAUUCAUUCAGAUGUGUGGGCCUUUGGUGUGUUACUUUAUGAGAUGAUUACUUUUGGAAGUAUACCUUAUCUAGGAAUGAACAAUCAAGAAACAGUGAAUAAAGUUCAAGAAGGGUAUAGGAUGAAAAUGCCAGAUGAUGGACCUAUUCUUUGUCCACGAGAAUUAUAUGACAUCAUGUUGUUUUGCUGGGACAAAAUUCCCACAAAAAGACCCACAUUUUUUAGAAUUAUUAUUUUACUUCACAAUAAUGCUAGUCCAGAUACAAAACAGCAUCCUGUAAAAGAUAAGCAUUCUAAAACAGAAACAAAAGCCAAAGGCGGAACAAACAAAAAGACCACAACGGAGAAAAAUACUAAAAAGAAAUGCGUGUGCAUGUAAAACAGACAGACAUAUACACAAUUUCUUUCAUUUUAACCAGCUUUACUCGUAUAAGCAGAAAUCAUUUCUGAAUCAAAAACAUUCAACCGUAAUGUUAAUACGCAAAAAUCAUGGUAUCGAUUUAUGUGAGCUGACAAUACAAACUUUUAUAAUUCCUUGAAUGUUUCAUGCAAACACCCUAACCCUGAAAUUUAAAUGAUUUAUUGCUUAAAUUUUCGCUUUAA